AUGGAUAACCGUGCUGUAAUUGAAAGAAUCAUGAGAAGUUUGGCUUAUGAAGUUGAAACUAAUUCCAAUAAUGAAAAGAUUAAAGAACGUACCAAUCCAUCCAAACUUGACGAACUAAAUGUUAAAAUUAAAGUGAGGAAGAAAGAAAUAAAUCAACUAUAUAACCGUGGAUUUAUAUCAAAUAAUCAAUCUGAAGCUCAAGUGGUUCCUCAAAAAGUCCGAAUUGUAACUAGUGAUGAAACAAUAAUGUCUUUCGAUAUGUUCAUGGAAGCGGAUGAAAAAGUAAUGACCCAAAAACAUAGGAAACCCAUAUUUGAUAGAAUGAAGCCAGGAAUAUGCUUGAAUGCUAGAACUGAUGAGAAUAAUCAACCUUAUAUGCCUGAGUCUCAAGGGAGCCCACUUAGCAAAUCAGAUGAAGAAGUUGAGCGUCCAUUUAAGCUUUAUAAAAAUAAUUAUGACACCUACCGUAAAUCACCUAAGAGAAUAGAAAGAACUUUCCUGGGCACAAAAUGUAAACCGGGUGGAUGUCUAGACCCUCCAUUUGAUGAAGACACGUAUUCCUAUGAGCCUCCUGAAACAGCUGAAUUACGACAACAUCCAGGCAAUACUGAUAUAAUUGAUCAUCAAGAAAAAGUACUAAUUGAUUCUAAAUUAUAUCCUAAAACACCCGAUAAAAAUAAAAUACAAACCAAACAUACUUCAAUCUCCGUUGACCCCGUCGAUGACAAAGUUAAAAAAUCCGGUUCCAUUCAAAAUUUAUCCUGUAUGGAGCCUGUAAAAAAAACGGUUAUAGCAGAUCCGCAUAAGGAGAGUGAAGAAGGUACAUAUUCAUAUAACCCUGUUUUAGAAACUUCUCUAACACGUGAUUCAUACGAUAUUAAAAUAUCCGAUCAUCGAGAAGAUAAAUCAAUAAAUUCAAAAUUGAGUCCUAUAGCUCCACAUAAAAGUAAAAGAAAAUCUAAAGAUACUUCAUUUUCUAUUAGCCCAGUUAACGACGAUACGGACUUUAUAAAAAAACCUGUGAUUACAUAUUUACCUGAUGACAACAAAAAAGCUUUAAGAACCAGAAUUUCCAGUCAAGACAAAUCGAAAAAGUCUGUCGAUGGGUCAGUAAAUGCCUUUUUCGUUCCCCCCAAAGGAACUAAAAGAGAAUUUAAUGACCCAGUUCAACGAAAUUCAUCAAAACAACUUUCCUAUAAUCCUCAAUCUAUUAAGGAUAAAUCUGAAGAAUGUUUAAAAUUACUGGCAUUAGUAGAACCUCUUCCAAUUAAAACUCCAUCAGAUCAUGUCUCUGUAGGACAAAAUACUGGCAAGAUAUCAAAUAAACCAUUAAAUAUUCCAUUUCAACCAAAUAAGGAGUUACUUGAUGCCAAUACCAACGACACUGAAUCCUCUAACCUCAUUAGUGAUAUUGAAAAGAUUUCUGUUGUUCCUAUUAAUGACGAAAUAAGUCUUCCAAAUAGAGAUAAUAUUAAUGAGGAAGUGACUUCUAGUAAGAUUUUACCAAAUGAGCACUCUAAAAUUCCAAUUGAAAAUGCAACACAGCCAGAAAAAGAUCAUGUUACAAAUCAUAAGCCUGAAAGUAAUACCAAUAAAGAGAAGAUCAAUGAAACCUUUGAUAAAGUCGAGAGUUUUAUAGACCAAUCUCCUGACAAAGGUAAAAUAAUGUCGACAAAAGAUAAAAUCGAUAUGGCAAUACAAAGAAAAUAUGACGAAGAACAAACAGUAACAAUUGAAAAAGAACCUGAAAUACAAAAUCAGAUGCAUAAUAUAAAAAGUCCAAAAAUACAUACAACGAGCAACGUUUCAGACAAUAUAUAUCAACACUUUGAUUUAGACAACAACAUAGCAAAUAUAACAACUGCUAAAGACGUAGAUCCCUUAAGUUUUUUAGAACAGAAACCUAAGUCUGGAAGUAAUAUUUUAGAAACAUUUGAAGAAAAUGCUGAUUUAAACAAAAAUGAUAUGGACACUAAUUUUGCAGAUGAAAAUAACACUUUAGACCAUAUAAUACAGCCAAUUAUGAAUCCACUGGCUAAAGAAAUUUUUGAAGAACCACAUGAAGUGAGCCUCUUUUCAGACAGUAAGUCUCAAUACUCUGAUUUAGACAACAAGAUUACAAAUUUCACAAAUGGGGAAGACAUACAUCUCAUAAGCGUUUUAGAGCAGAAACCUGAGUCAGAAAAUAAUGUUUUAGAAAUAUUUGAAGAAAAUGCAGAUGUGAACGUAAAUACUAUGGACAGUGAUAUUGUAGAUACGUUUAGCGAUGAAAAUAAGACUUUGGACGACAGAACACUUCAAAUUACGAAACUAAAGGCUGAAGAAGUUUUUGAAAAACAACACAAAGACAGCGACGUUCCAGACAGUAUGUCUGAACCCUUUAAUUUAGACAAUGCCAUGGACAGUAAUACUGUAGAUAUGCUUAGCGAUGAAAAUAAGACUUCAGAGGACAGAAGACUUCAAAUUAAGGACCCAAAGCCUAAAGAAAUUUUUGAACAACCACAGGUUGCAUAUCCAGGAGGAGUGAGUACUCUUACUAUUGAGCAACAUAAUAAAGUAAUAGAUGAAGAAGAACAAAAAGCAAAUGAUAUACAAGCUCAAGCAAUAGAUGUUAAACUGUCGCCAAGCCAGAUUUUAGUCACAGAAAAUAGUGCUAGUGAUACUUUAACUCAAAAGCAGAAAAUAAUAGAUGCGUUCUUGGAUACUCAUAAAAAAGACAUGAGAGAUAAAGAUGAAGAUUUGUCAGGUGGACAAGCUCAGGAUGUAACCAGUGUACGACUAUCAGAUGAUAGUGUGGUAACAUCUGACUUAAAAACUAUUUCUCUUAAUUUAGCAUUUCACACUUACCUAAAAAAUAAAAAUGAAAGAAUAUUUAAAACCAUUCUUAAUGACAAUGACAUCUAUCGCUAUCCAAAUGAUUCGAUAACAGUCAUCACAUCACAGAUAAAAGUAUCUUCAAAUGAAAAUCUGCCAGAAUUAAACAUUCCUAUAGAUCCUAUGUUUAAUAUAGCCAUUAAAAUAAAAUCAAAUGAACAGGACCAGAAACCUAAGCAUGACUUUGAUACUGUUCUUGAUAAAACUAAAACAAAACCAAUCAAUACUUUUCCAGCGAGUGCAAAAACUUUGGACACUAAACCUAAAAGUAAAAGUGUGGAACAGAGAAUACGCAACCAACAAGAUCAAAAUGACACAGCGUUGCACCGUACAUUAACAGACAUUUAUGAACAAGAAUUAGUGCCACUACAAACGAUGAUAAGGUCCUUGAAAACCGAUAUCGAUUCUUUGGCGGAACAGCGAACUUUCCUAAAGACAAAAGUAAUUUGUUCGAAGAAGUCAUUCCACCGUAAAAGAAACUGA